AUGGGCUGUAUCAAUACCAAAGCAGCCCAGAAUGUCGUGAUGCGGACGGAGACCGAUGGCGAAACUAAUGCCGUGGCUACGGGCAAGUCUACAUCGGUCCCGGCUGUGAACCCCAACAGUUUUGAGGAGCAGUAUGCUCUUGGCAAGGUCAUCGGUUCCGGUACCUUCUCAGUUGUACGCACGGCCGUCCACAAACCCACGACCCAACGCUAUGCCAUCAAGUGCAUUAAACGCGACGGUUUAGUGGCGGAGGACAUUGAGGCUUUGACGACGGAAGUUGCGAUAUUGAAGCAGAUGAACCAUCCGAACAUAAUGAUCCUUCACGACUUUUUCGUCGAAGAUACGUUUUACUACUUGGUGACCGAGUUCAUGGAGGGGGGCGAGCUGUUUGACCGUAUUGUGGAGAAGUCGUACUACAAUGAGAGGGAAGCUCGCGAUCUUGUCAAGCUGCUUCUGGAAGCCAUCAAGUACUGCCACGAUGCCAACAUUGUGCAUCGUGACUUGAAGCCGGAGAAUCUUUUGCUAACGAGCAAGGACGAUGAUGCAUCCAUCAAACUGGCAGACUUUGGUUUCGCGAAGAGGGUCGAGCUUAACAGUGAGGGCCUCGUCACAGCUUGCGGUACUCCCGGAUACGUCGCGCCAGAGAUUCUUGAAGGCAAGUCUUAUGGCAAGACGGUAGACAUUUGGAGCAUCGGCGUCAUCACUUAUAUCUUGCUCUGUGGCUACCCGCCGUUCCACGACGACAACCACAAUGCUCUAUUCAAGAAGAUCAAGAGUGGAAAGUUUGAGUUCGAUGCGCCCUACUGGGACCACGUAUCAGACGAUGCCAAGGAUCUCAUCUCGGAGAUGCUUGUCGUGAAUCCAGAAAAACGGGCAACGGUGGAUCAGCUGUUGGCACACCGCUGGGUAACGGGCACUGAUGUAGCUACUGUGCAGCUUACAAGCGCUUUGGAGGAACUCCGUCGCUUUAAUGCCCGCCGCAAGUUCAAGGCCGCUGUCAGUACGGUAUCUGCAACUGUCGGACUUAGCAAAAAGUACAGCAAGUCGUACAGCCAACCUCAGUCAUUCCCAGAUGAAUCCGUUGCGGAUGGAAUUGAGGACGUGUCGUCUGAAGUCUCACCGGACUCGGUGGAUCGGGACGACGAGGGCAAGACUGCUUCCAAAUAG